CCUUGGGGAGAGCUUGCCGCCACUGCAGGGCUGGAUGGGACCUGGGAAGGCUGGAGAAUCCUUGGCACCAGCAAGUUUUUAAACAAUUCUUUUGCUUUCGACCUUCUCAACAAGCCAGAGCCAGAAAUUGCUUUUCUUCUAAGCCAACAGAAGGCAGAUCAACUUAGAUCCUCUGAGUAAUUGAAUGAGAGACAAGUCAUCCAAUUGCUUCCUGUUUGGUACUGCCCUAACAUUUUGGGGGUGUCAUGUUACUCCCUGCUGAGGAACCUCAGUGCAGCCCGACUUCAGUGAGACUGUGACCAUUUGCAAAGAGCAGGAGCUCCCUUUCAUCAUCUUCCCUUUCCACGCACCUGCUUAAACUUGCCUCCCCAAGAGUCAAGGGAAAGACCACCUCAUGGAAAUGAGCAAGUGGACUCCUCAGGCAGGCCCCAACCAGACCCAGGCCAGCUCCGCCCUGGGGCACCUGCUGAGGGCCUACAUGGAGGGGAGGAAUGGCGGCAACUCCACCCGGGCCCUGAAGCUUCCAGAUGGGACCAGCGCUGCCUGGUACGUCCUCACCAUAUUUGGCAUCUACGGAGUGAUUUUCCUCUUCCGGUUGGCCAGCAACAUCCUCAGAAAGAACGAUAAGUCCUUGGAAGAUCUUUAUUACUCGAAUCUGACUUCCGAACUGAAAAAGAAAGGACUCCAGAGCAAGGAAGUCAAAUGCUCCACACUGACCAUUAGCAACAGAGCCGUCCUGCAGCCUAACCAGGCCAGCCUGGGGCCCAUGUGUGGACACAGUGAACCCCAAACCGAAAUCCAAAGGAUCCCUUGAAAGUCAAGGCAACGAGGCCUCCAGAGAAGAGGCCCAACUUUCUUGUGAUGGGAACAGCUUUGGGUUGACCUGGAACCUUGAGCCAGGAGCCACGCACUUGCAUGGGGCUGGGAGAGCCUCCCUGAGCCAUGGGCACUUUGGGCAGAUGGAGGUGUGGCCACAGCCAGCAUCUUGUUUCCUUCCCAGGCUUUCUGGUGCUUUGAGAUGAGAAAGCAGGGGCAAUGGCUUCCAGUCAGACUCUCCCUGGGUGAUUAAAUGCUGCAGCCUGGAAGGGACACCAUCACUUCCACCGGCCACUUAUUGGCUAGAAUUAGCCUAUGACUACUCCCAACCACAAGGGGGCGGAGAAGUGCCACCCUACCUGCCACGUGUCUGGAAGGUCGAGAGUCAAAAAAUCUGGGGAAGGGUACUAAUGGCUACCACAGAGUUGAACCAGGUCCAAGGUUCUCAAACUGUGUGCUAUGGAUUGAAUGUUUGUGUCUGUCCCACCCCCCAAAUUCGUAUGUUGAAAUCCUAACCUCCAUUGUGACGGUUUUAGGA